AUGACAGAGGAAUUGGGCUAUAGGUUUACAGCAAAAAUACCCUCUCACCUGCCUCCCGCGAUACAGCCCCCCGCUGCCCGCAGCCCCCCGCUGCCCGCAGCCCCCCGCUGCAGGCUCUGCCCUGCACAAGCGGCUCGCACGGCUGCAGACCCCGGGGGGCUGCGGGGAGCCCCUUCCCGCCGGCCGAGCCGCCGGCGCUCCCAGCCGCUCCGACGGGAGCUGCUCCCGCACCCCCGGCCCCGCGGAGGCUGCUCCACCCCGGGGCCGGCCCCCCGGCCGGUGCCCCCCGACCCAGCCGCCCCCGGCCCCGGGGGGCUCCGACGCCUCCGGCCGCCCCUUCUCGGGGCGGGGGAACGACCUGCCGGGCGACCCCCCGCCGCGGGCGGGGACGGGGCAGCGAGGGGUCCCCGGCGCUCCCCGCGGGAUCCUCCAAGGAGCGCCCGAGGGGGAGCGCUGCCCGCGGCGGCUCCGCGGACACGCGCGGCCCCCCGCACUCACCCCGCGGCGUCCGUGGGCUGCGCCCCCCGCGCAUGGCCGGCGGGGCGGGCUGGGGGCUCGGGCCGGCGCACGCCGAGCGGCGGAGGAGGGCCGGGCGGCGGAGGGGGUGUGCCCCUGGCUCCGCCGUCGCUUUUUUCCGGGUUAAUUACGUCUGCCAUUAGCAAACCCGGCCCCGGAUGUGAGUGCGGGGCGCCGGGCGCGCGGGCGGCUGCGGGGGUCCGGCGGGGGUCCCCCCCCACGCACCUGCAGCGGCACCGGGCCCGCCUCGGUCCGCGCCCUCGGGCGGUUCCGUGGGGCGGUGGGUGUCCCUGCGUGUGUGUCCCCCUCCUCCCCCCACGGUCCGCGCCCCCGGGCGGCUCCUUCGGGGGUCCCGGGGCCAGCCCCAUCCCCGUCCUGAGCUUUGCGCCCCCGCCGCGGGGCGGGGGAGCUCCUCCGGCGGCCGCCCGGCCCCGGGCUCGGGUCCCUCCCGGCAAACCCCACCCAGACCCGACACAAAACGGCUCGGUACAUCAGCGUCCUCCAAACAGCCGCCCUGUCGCCGGGACGCUUCGGCAAAGCGUUUCCCAGGCCCGUCCUGCGCGCUGCCCCUCGGCCGCCGGGGUCCCUGGGGACGGCUGCAUCCCCGCCACGUGCAACUGCCCCCCCGGGACCCGCGACCCUGACCGAGACCCCGCCUGGGGCGAGAGUCACGGCCGCAGCCUGGUCCAGGUCCUGCCAACCCAACCACGCCUGUGAGUUUUCCCCCCAUGAGUGGCAGUUCGUGAGUGCUUACGCGUCGUCACAGCAGCCUGAGGACGCACCCGGACCUCUGCUCGCGCACGCAGACUCGCGGAGCCCAGAGCCAGCACUGCGGGCAGGGAGGGAGCCGGGGAGGAUGAGCUCCGGCCCGGACCCUACAAAAACACCGCGGCACUAACAGCCGUGCCGCUCGGUAAGGACAAGCGCCCACCGUCCCAACACCCCAAAACACGGCAGACACCCUCGCAGCGGGUGGGUGUCUGGUGAGCCAGCAGUGAAAUCCGUAAGCGGUUACUCAUGUGCCGCAGCACCUGGGCACGUGCAGCCCUGCGGUUCCCCCUCACCUGAGAAAGUUGCAAAAAUAAAGCCUGGAGUUAAUAA